AUGGCAGCUCCUUCCGCAAAGAUUUUCAUUGGUGGUCUAGCCUGGGCAUCCACCAACGAAUCAUUACGCACAGCAUUUGAAGCCUAUGGGGAAGUCGUUGAAUCGAGAGUGGUUACGGACAGAGAAACUGGACGAAGCCGUGGUUUUGGAUUUGUCACUUUUGCCGACGCAGCUUCUGUUGCCAAGUCUAUUGAUGGCAUGAACGGACAAGAUUUGGAUGGACGUGCUGUUCGAGUUACUGAAGCAAACGACCGUCCAGCAGGUGAUCGCCCACCUCGCUCUGGAGGUGACAGCUAUGGUGGUCGUCGUGACGAUAGAAGUGGCGGAGGGUAUGGUGGCGGACGAGGAGGUGGAGGCUAUGGUGGUGACCGUCGUGACGAUAGAGGUGGCGGAGGCUAUGGGGGAGGACGUGAUUCUGGACGUGAUUCUGGUUAUGGUGGAGGUUCUCGUGGUGGUGACCGAGGCUCAAGUGGAGGUUACGGUGGGGGGCGCCCUCGCGAUACUCCCUACAGCAGGCCGUCUGGUGACCGUGAACGAUACUAG